AUGUUUGGAAAUAUGCUCAUCACGGUCAAUCGAUUCUCUGCGCUUUGCCUCAAAGAUAAGUACGAAAAGAUCAACAGAUGCACUUACGUUGGAGCCUCUCUACUCUACGCUCUAGUUAGCCUUAUUUUAAACGUCAGAUUGAUGAUUGAGCUGCACAAAUUAUUGAAAAUUAGCGAUUUCGGACGACAUUCACGACACGAAAAGUACUAUUGGAUAAACGACGUCAUGGUCAGCAUUCCACCAUUAUCUCUGUUGAUGUUCAAUGGGGAGCUUCGCAAGGACAUUGUCAAUUUCAUUUGCUGUCGAAGACAUCAGCAGUGGGACAAUAUUUCUGUUUCAAUUUUUGAGAAUCGCCAAUCAGUUUCUGGUCUCAACAAAGAUAGUGAUCGUCGCAAUGCUACUCGUUCUGUGUAUUGA